UCUCUAGGGUUAGGGUUUUACAGCGCGGGGAGUGAGAGGGAGAGGGAGACACGCCGCUAUCCUCUGGUUUGUAUUUGCAGGUGAUUUGAGGAGAAAUGGCGGUCCCGCUUCUGUCAAAGAAGAUCAUUAAGAAGCGCGUGAAGAAGUUUAAGAGGCCUCAGAGUGACCGCAAGAUCUGUGUCAAGCCUAGUUGGCGAAGGCCCAAGGGUAUUGAUUCUCGGGUCAGGAGGAAGUUCAAAGGAUGCACCUUGAUGCCCAAUAUUGGUUACGGUUCUGACAAGAAGACUCGACACUAUCUGCCAAACCGCUUCAAGAAGUUUGUGGUACACAAUGUCUCAGAGUUGGAGCUGCUCAUGAUGCACAAUAGGACUUACUGUGCUGAAAUUGCACACAAUGUUUCCACUAAGAAACGCAAGGAGAUUGUUGAGCGAGCUGCUCAGCUUGACAUUGUUGUUACCAACAAGUUGGCUCGGCUACGGAGCCAAGAAGAUGAGUGAGGCUUCCCUAGAUUUUUGUCAGUUUGCUAAGUUUUAUUGUUCAGACUGCAUUCUUCAGCUAGUGUUUGUUUGUAUUUUGGAUCUCAGACCUAUUUCAUUACCAAUUUUUGUUUAAGUACUGUGUUUGCUUCUACUAUUUGUUCAAGUUGUGUUUUUUGGAACCUUA